AUCGUUUUCAUUCCCAAUUUCGACUGCGCGUCUCAUCAUGAAAUAUCCUCCGCGAAGACAUCGCCAUAGGGCCCAUGUCUCUCGUGCGCAACCAUACACCACGACCCAGUAUCGGAUAGCCUGGAGGCUAUGCAGACCCAAUGUUUGGUCUCGUCACCGACAGCACCGACAGUUUGCGGGCCCACCCCAGUCGACUCUUCUGAGGCAAAGGACAGUUGCCCGGCUUGAUCCGCAGUCUCCAGCUUACCAGCCAGCAGGAGACGAAGGUCCCGGCUACCAAGAUGAAAGAGGCAACUAUGGUGAGGGUUUUGUCGGUAACUACGGUGACGACUUUGUCGGCGACUAUGGCGACGGUUUUGUCGGCGACUACGGCGAGGAGAAUGCGUGUCAGGAUCAUCCGGAGCUGGAGCAGCGCAUGAACCAGAUGAUUGAGAUUGCCAGGGUACAAAGCAAACAAAUUCAUGACAUAGACAAAACAACGAGGGAAUUGGUUCAGCAAAUGAGGGAAGUAGUACAACAGGUUUCGACAAUGCGCGAGGAAGCACGAGAACUGCCGAAUAAUUUAGUUGAGAACAUCUUGCUGCCCCUUUUUCAGACGGCCGAGACUCUAUUGCAAGGAGAACAAGACCAAGUGCGUCACUUCGUGCCGGGAGAACAUGCAACAAUGGACCCUAUCGAGAUGUCCAUUAAAGGCAGCGAACCUCGUUGCUAAAGACCAUAUGAGAGUCAGAUAUUAUGAUGGUGUGGCCAACAAAGGGUUUCUUCUCUUUUUUGCGCUUUUUGUUCAUGUAGUCUAGGAAUCGAUAUCGAUGUCUCGUGCCGUGUCGGUGGCACAUUCU